ACAGAGAAACCCAAGGGUGGCAAAUACGUAUCUAGUUCCAUCCCCAAAGUCCAAAAACCCCGGUGACCACAACCCAAACCCCUACACAUGGCAACCGCCGUCGCAGCUAGGUCCGUCUUCCGCCACGCCUCCGCCGUCCGCUCGGCUGCUUCUAGAAUCUCCGCCGGUGCGGCUAAGCCCAAUGCCACAUCGUCCACACGCUCGGCCUUCCGCUUCCCCUCACAAAAACCCCUUUCUCAUCGCAUUUUCAGGUCACCGGUUGAAAUGAGCUGUGUGUCUGUGGAAUCAAUGCUACCGUUUCACACAGCUACUGCCUCUGCGUUGCUGACAUCAAUGCUUUUGGCUCCCAGGACCUGUGGUUGGACUCUUGAAGAUCUGAACGACGAUGUAUGAUGACUUGUUGGAAGGAUCCGGGCGUGCUACAAGAAUGCAUGAUAACUAGAAGCAAGUCUGGAUUCACUUUGAUUGUUAUACCUUUUAAUUCUCGUCUUACCUGGACCUUUUAGGAUAUGAUAAUAUUCAUAAAUCGACUUAAUGUCAUGUGUUUUUUACAUGAUUGAGAUUGUUGCGAAGGCAUAUAUUAUUUGACAUUGAGUUUUGUUUGUUUAGGGCUGUGAUUGGGUCUCUUUCGGCAUGAAGAAUUUCCAUGUUUCCCUACGGUUUUUCAUUCGGGUAAAUUGUUUGAUUGUAGAUGGAUGAUUGUAUGUGUUGAGACGCUGUGCAUUUGGUGACUUGAGUAGCUCCCAAGAUGCAACUGGAUAUUGUAAUGGAUGAUUUUUUGGUUUUGAAAACAUAAAAUCUAGGACGAUGUUGAUUAUUCAUGUUUUGAAGGCAUGGAACAAAUUGUUUUUUUGUUAAAAGUUACGACCAUAAACGCCAAUGAUUCAUGUGUGA